UUUCGUAGACACCGUCUCAACAUAUCCGGACCGAGUGCAGAGAUAAAGUCGGGUAUUUUCCUGAAUAACAAAAGAAGUUUGUCUGCUAAUGUUUAUCUGAGGCUAGAAUGGCUGGUGCUGGUGCACAUCGGAAUCUUAGCGGGCAGUUUAAUGGUCAGGUGAAUGGUCAAUUAAACGGAAGUAACCAUCCCUUGCAACAGCGACAGCAACAACAGCAGCAACAACUGCAGCAGCAGCAGCAACCACAACAACCGCAGCAGCAGCAACCCCAACAACAGCAGCUGCCGCAACUGCCUCAGCAGCCCCUACAGCAGUGGGCAUCCGCUGCAGUUGUCCCCUCUCAACCUCCAGUCGCUCCUCUACCUACAGUCAGGCCACGAGCAGAGGCCAUCCAGUACAACUGGCAGUCAAGCAAGACGUCUGUGAAAGAACGCUUUGCAUUCAUGUUCAACAAUGAGAUACUCAGCGAUGUUCAUUUCCUUGUUGGUAAAGGGAUGAAUACUCAGCGGAUCCCGGCCCACAAGUUUGUUUUGUCCGUUGGGAGUGCUGUCUUCGAUGCCAUGUUCAAUGGAGGGAUGGCAACCACAUCAAACGAGGUAGAGCUCCCCGACGUUGAACCGGCGGCUUUUCUCGCAUUGCUGCGAUUCUUGUACUCGGAUGAGGUACAAAUAGGCCCGGAGAGCGUGAUGACCACGCUGUACACCGCCAAGAAAUACGCCGUUCCAGCGCUCGAAUCGGCCUGUGUUGAAUUCUUAAAGAAGAAUCUGAGCGCGGACAAUGCCUUCAUGCUCCUGACACAGGCGCGACUCUUUGACGAACCACAGCUUGCAAACCUCUGUCUGGAGACCAUCGACAAGAACACCACAGAGGGCCUCACAGCCGAAGGCUUCACUGACAUAGACCUUGAUACACUGACCGUUGUCCUUGAGCGCGACACCCUCGGUAUACGCGAGAGCAAAUUGUUCAGCGCAAUCUCGCGGUGGGCUGAGCACGAAGCCAUCAGACAGCAGUACCCCGCCACCUCUGAGAACAAACGCAAAGUACUCGGGAACGCACUGAAGUUGAUUCGGUUUCCCUUGAUGACUGUGGAGGAGUUUGCGAGCGGUCCUGCCCAGUCAGGAAUUCUUACAGAUAGAGAAGUCGUCAGCUUGUUCCUUCAUUUUACCGUCAACCCUAAACCCUCCACCGAGUUUCCUUCCAACCCAAGAUGCUGUUUGACAGGGAAGGAGCAGACUGUGAAUCGAUUCGCACAGGCUGAGAGUAGAUGGGGGUAUAGUGGCACUAGCGACAGGAUUAGAUUUCAGGUAAACAGACGUAUUUUUGUGGUUGGGUUUGGUUUGUACGGCUCCAUUCACGGCCCAGCAGAUUAUGCAGUCAAUAUUCAGAUAAUUCAUGGCGAUACUGACGUCAUUCUCGGGCAGAACGAUACCGGAUUCAGCUGUGAUGGUUCAGAGUCUACCUUCAGGGUUAUGUUCAAAGAGCCGAUCGAAGUACAGCCUUCGAUCAGUUACAUUGCUAGUGCAACCUUGAAGGGGCCAGACUCCCACUAUGGCACUAAGGGCAUGAGGAAGGUGGUACACGAGUCUGUAUCCAAUGGUAAAGUAGUGUUUCAAUUCACAUAUGCAUCUGGCAACAACAACGGUACGUCUGUGGAGGACGGACAAAUACCGGAGGUCAUUUUCUACACAUGACAUAAAAUACCACAAUUUAAUGGUCGGUUGUAAACAAAAGACAAAAACUAAUGACAUAUGAAAAGUUUGGUCUGAGUAUUACAUAUAUGUAUGAUAUAGCAAGCACUAAUGUACACAGCACAUUAUGUACAUUUUAAAAGAGAGACAAAAAAAUAUCUGCUUUGUAAAAGAUAGAUUUAAAACUAGUGUUCCUUGCACUUGGUACAUGUUUGCGUGUUUGUCAGUGAGUUCCAUGAGUUGUAACAACAAGUCAUUAUUUUCACAGAGAUUAGGUAUUAAUUGUAGUUCGAUCACACAAAUGAGGGCUUUAUGUUAGUAUCUUUGACUUGUUUUUAGAGAUAUUACAAGUUGUUUGCAAAAUUGUCUCAUUUGGUCAUUUAAAAUAGAUUUAACCACUUCACGACAGUAUAAAGGAAAAUGCCAUGCCUGUCUGUAGUUUUAUUUUUUCAGAAUUCUUUAUGAGAAAAUUGUUGUCACAAGGAGACCGUCAUUUAAACAAAGUAAAGACAAUAAACGUUCUCAUAAGAUGUAUACAGAUUUUGUUGUUCUCUUUUGAGAAAAAUAUGGAAUGUGUUCACCGUACAUCGGCCAAACCGGAGCAGUAAGACACAUAUUUACAGCCAAUAUUUAGCCAUGGCAUGCAGGAGUCUCUGACGUGCCUCCCGUAUGUGGUAUACAAUGAUGAACCCUCUUAGUGCUACAACACAAUAGAAGGACAUGUAGAAGACGAGCAGAGUAUACUGUUAAAAAAUAUCGAGACCAAACCGGCUCUUUUCAGAGCCAACACUCACUCAAA